CAGUGGGAGUCAGCUGACAGCAGCCAGCGGAUGUCUCAUCUCGAUCACCCGCACUGAAGAGCCUCGUCCCCGGGUCCGCUCACCGUCGUCCCCCCGCCGCGGAGAACCGGACCGUCCGCUCCUCUUACCCAGGCCUCGGCCUCCCUUCUCCCGCAGGAUGAGUGUCGGUGCUCCGAGGGCCCUGGCCAGCUCGGGGCAGAAGCCCAUCGCGGACAUCCUCCACCCGCUGUCCGCCGCCGAGGAGCAGCUGUCCCCGGGGCCAGAUGUCCCGGAGGACGUCGGAGGAGACAAGGAAGCCGUGUUGACCAAUGGCACGCCGGUGGAGACGUCCAGCCCGGCCUCGGCGUCCUCGCUCCUCAAUCGGCUGCAGCUGGACGACGACCUGGAAGCUGACGGCCUCGACCUGUACGUCUCCACGGAAACACGCGACCUCUUCGUCACGGUGGACGACCCGAAGAAGCACGUCUCCACCAUGGAGACCUACAUCACCUACAGAGUCUCCGCCAAGACUACACGGAUAGAAUUUGAUCUGCCAGAAUACAGCUUGCGGCGGCGCUACCAGGACUUCGAUUGGCUGAGGAUCAAGUUGGAGGACAGCCAGCCGACCCACCUCAUCCCACCGCUGCCCGAGAAGUUCGUGAUGAAGGGCGUGGUCGACCGCUUCUCGGAGGAGUUUGUGGAGACGAGGAUGAAAGCUCUGGACAAGUUCCUGAAGCGAGUCGCGGACCAUCCCGUCCUCUCCUUCAACCCGCACCUGAACGCUUUCCUGACGGCCAAGGACCUGAACAAGCGUCAGGGUCUCGCUCUUCUCACCAAGGUGGGCGAGUCGGUGAAGCACGCCGCCGGCGGCUACAAGCUGCGGGCGCGGCCGGCCGAGUUCUGCGCCAUGGGGGAGUACCUGGACACCUUCAACCAGAAACUGGGAACCAUCGACCGCAUCGCUCAGAGGAUCAUCAAAGAGCAGUCAGAGUACCUGACAGAGCUGCGUGAGUACGGCACCCUGUACUCCAGCUGGGCCGCGUCGGAGGAGGAGCUGCAGCGCCCCCUGGAGGGCGUGGCCAGCUCCGUGGCGACGUGCGGCGGUGCGCUGGAGGAUCUGAGUGAGAACAUGAGCCAGGACGUUCUGCCUGUACUCCGAGAGUACGUUCUCUACAUAGAGUCUAUGAAGAACGUCCUGAGGAAGAGGGACCAGAGCCAGGCGGAGUACGAGGGACGACUAGAAGCAGCCGUGCUGCGCAGACAGGAAGACAGGACGCCUAUGCCGGUGGAGGUGGAGAAGUGCCAGGACCGACUGGAGUGUUUCAACGCCGACCUGAAGGCGGACUGGGAGCGCUGGCAGAGCAACAAGCGGCAAGACUUCAAACAGCUUCUCACCGGCAUGGCCGACCAAAACAUCAACCACUAUGAAAAGUGCCAGGCCGGGUGGGAGUCGCUCAUCACUCUCCUCCAGGACAAACAGACUGACGACAAAACGAGCGACACAAACUGAAACAUGGCGUGUUUCCCCCCCCCCCACGUUCCUCCCUCACACGCCCUCAUGCCAAGGAAACGCAGCGACCCGGGGCAGCAGCUUGGACCUGCUGGACAUCAGCCCCCUGUUCGCGUGUGAGACGUUUGUACGGGGGGGGGGGGAGUCGUCUCUCGUGGGGACCUGACCUGCGAAAGAGGUGCGUUCAAGGACAGCAGGAAACGAGGAGAAACCUGCCGUAUACACAGAAAUGUUUGUUUUUUUGGUCAUUGUUCUUAUUGAAUCUUUUCUACUUCAUAUUUCCAAUUAACAGUUAAUCGCUGAGGCUGUUUGUGUUUAUUUAACUGCGAACUGUUGACCCCCCCGUUGUCACAUUGAAUAAAAUGUGAAGGAAAAAGCUCCUGAUUGAUGCAGAAAACAUUUUUUUGAAGGCGGAUACUGAUAAUUUGAGUUGGUGUGAAGUAUCUUGAAAUAACAAACUAUUUGGAGCAUCCCCGAGAUUUCUCUCCCUUUCUUUUUGUACAAUCCUCCGAGAACACAACACAAAAACUCUCCUUUCUCAUCUGUACAAAGGCGUCUUAUUGGCUGUAGAUAAGACGCCAGUAUUUUAUAAACCUUUCUAAUUAGUUUUGCAUGUUUCAGCUCAUGAAAUCUUGUAUUUGCCAUUUUUCAUAAGUGCACAAACUUUGCAACUUUUUCUGCAGCCUUUGUUAUUUAGAAAUCAACUUGGACAGAUGUGAAUUAGCUGUAGCAUUAGAGGUUCAUCACUCGGCCUUGUGUUCAACCCGAGGACUGAAGGAAUCAGCAGCUGAUGUCGGUAAAAUCACCAUAGUUCUACAGAAAGAAAUUAGUCUUAGGGGCAAAGCUGUAUUCGACAGUGAUGGCACCGAUGUGCAUCUGGGUUGAAUAUCGAGCUUCCUGCUGUUUGGUGAUAGAUGUGAUUUUUGUAGCUACGGUGCAGCGGCGCCAUCUGGUGUUCAAACUCGUUCCAUUCUUUUGAAACUGAGCAACGCUGCCUCUGUUAGUUUCUCGUGGUAUUUGUAUCCACUUCUGUUCUCUUGAAGAAACAAAAAACUCAGAUUUUGGAUGCUAACAGGUAUUUUUACCUUAUGAAAGAUAAACGAAAGGCGUUGAAAGAGAAGUCUCCCUCGGUACACUUUAUUUUAUUCCCUCAAUCAGGUGUCUGUGCUUUAAAGAACAUUUUAAAGAGUCAAAUGUAUUUUCUUGCAGAUAUCUGCCUUUGUGACUCUUAUUAAUGCUUUGGGAACAUUUGGUAUCGUUUACCACACUAACAACAUUUGUUUCGGAGGCUGGAUAUGAGCAGAGAGUUUAGAGCUGUCAGGUGAACAUCUGUCUGUUUUGGAGUUGGCUGCAGUUACCAAACCCCGUCACUAGGUGCCACUAAAUGCUGCACAGAGAACUUUUCCAGUAAAAUGUUUGUUUCUCCAACUCUGACAUAUUUUGCAAUUUGGUUUUGUUAAAUACCCUGGAGCUCGUCUGCUCGGCUGUGACUCACAUGUGUGUGUUGUACAACAGCUCAAGUGACAACAUGUUUUCUUUUGCGUCACAUCGGUUUCCUCUUCUCUUUCUGUUUAGCUCAAAUGGUGCUGAUGCGAUUCCUGCCUUGAAGAAAAACUAUAAUUCUGAGAUAUUCAGACCAUAGAUGGAGCAAGUGCGGUAACCAGAACCACAUUUACAAAAGAUUUAUUUUUCUGUGGCGUAGGUUUCACCAGCUGUAGCCUGGUGUGGUUUAUUUGUCAGUCACAUGAUCAUAGUUUUUGUUUGAGGAGUUUCUUUCAUGAAUAAGGUUCAGAUUUUGGGCCCGUGACAAAGCAAAAACGCUGAGGAUUUAUUAAAACAUUAAAUGUCAUUUGCUUCUUUUAAGUGGUGUCUUUAUAUCCGACCAUUAAUACUGAGCCUUCUGCUGUAAGACGGUGAUGACGUCUGAUUGUCGGUUUUUUAGUUGUCAGCUCUCGCUCUAAUGUUCUUCGUUCUCCUUGAGCUUUGAAACGAAUGAGCUACUGCCUCCUCUUGCUACCAAACGUCAGCGAUGAAGAGUAUUGUUUGUAUUUGACUGUGUGCAUUGGAUGGAGGGAGCAGAAAAGCCGUGGUUCAGUGUUGAGGCAGCUGCAGCAGAGAGAACUAUGGAUGCACUGAUGCUAAAAAAGCUUAAUCACUGUAUUUAUAUGCCAGAAAACCAUAAUACUAAAAUCCUGUAUUAAGAGCCAGAGUCGUCGGGCGGGGGCUUCUGAUUAGACCGGCCCAUUCACAAAUACUGUAGAAGAAGAAUAAAUUUAAAUCCUCAAUCUUUAAAGGCACAGUUUGGCUCAUUUUUCCUAAACUUCCCAUCCUUUUUUUCAUGUUAACUAUCGUUAUUUGAUUUUUUUGUAUCAAAUAACUAAUUCAAACAUACUGGGAAAAUGAGCAGUUGAACAAACAGACUUUUGAAAUUUGCUCCAUCUCUCAUCCAUUAACACGGAGGAGGUCACUGUAACCCAGGUACAUCUCCAUAUACUGAAUUGAUGAAGAACUGAGGCAAUGUCAGAAACAUGAAAACAGUUAAAGAUGAAGUGAUUGGAUAUAAAUAAUAACUUCUCUUCGUCUUCGUUCCGUUUAGUUUACGUCCUGAGAUCGGUCCCUGGUGUUUGUUUACUGCUUCUCAACAGAGGCGUCAGUGCGUCUGUAGCCCUUCCUGCUCAGCGUUGUGUUAGUACCUGCACCGACCUGAUUCAGUGACCCGAGCACACACAACUUCCUGAAAUGUCUUUUUGCUCUCACAGCAAUAUUCUGUACAUUCAAUAUCCCCUAGUGCACAUCUGAAGAGUGUACGCCACAGCUGAGUCUAUUUUUGUACAAGACGCAGAUCGUUGUUGGGUUCCAGCGAGUAUGUGUGUGUGUGAAGAUGAAAGCAUUUGAAAAAGGGAUUGUGGAAGAUUUGUAAUAUGUAAAUUUGGCACAACCAAAAUAUGAGGAACGAAACUUUUUAUUUUUGGAAACGCCGGUGAUGAGUUUCCGUCUCUUCUCUCACAGCCACUGUAAAAGCCCCUUAUUCUCCUGUGUGCCUGCUGAUUUCUUUUUGCACUAUUUACUGUAUGUUGCUGCAGCCACUGGCAGAACUAUCUGCUGAGAAGAAAAACCAACAGAGAACUAAAUUUUCUUUCUGGUGUCAAAUUAUUUUGUGUUUCAGUUUGAACGUUUUUUGCUGAUUCAGGUUAAAUCACCAAACAGGGACGACCACGACGGCUGCCACUGUACGAGCCCGUAUAGAAACGAGAAUUGUAUUUUUCCUUAAGAUAAAAAUCCAAUGUUUCUAAGCCAAAUGUCCCGGUUUCUUCCUCCUGUCUUCCUGAAUCUCAUCUGCAGCUCAGAGUCAAAAAAUCCAACCCUGUACGAAAAGGUUAAAGUUUCACAAAUCGUUUGAAUCCAUCUUCGUUUCUUCUUCUCUCUUUUUUCUGUUCUCCUAAGUGUGUACUGUUUACGUUCAGAGCUCCUAAUGUACAUAUGGAUGUGAAUAACAUCUUGUUGUAAUUACAAAUAAGCUUGUAUAUUGAUGUUGUUUUUGAAGCAAUUUAUCUUUACCUCAAAUGAUUUUUUGGAUAUAUUGGACCAAUAAUAAUAAAAACUAAGAUUUCAUUUGAUUAUU